UCGUGCUGUCGAGGACCGGAUUCGUCAACGCAGGGUCUGAGCAUGCACUGCAUCAGGCCUAUCUACUGCUACCUCCGGCUGUCUGCCCUGCUGGCUUCAUCGGACAAAACAAGUCGCAGGAAGCUGUACCACGUGCACUGCACUGGGACCACCUGACCAGCACGGUAACGUCGACGGAGACAUCGUGGCACCCGGAUAAAAGCAGCAGCCUUUUCGACGUUCCCUUCAGUGGACUUGGAAGCACCUAACGAGCACGGAUGCUGAUCAAAUUUUUUCUGAUCGCACAGCGGCCGUCUCGUGCUUCUGAAAAGAGCCUGCGGUAUUGGCGUGAACAGACAGAGUUCAUCACUUGUGCAUGUGCAACACAUUGGCGGAGGCAAUACGAACUGCAUUUCUCACUAGCUGGACAAGUCGGAAUGGCAAUGCACCUUGGAGAACAAGACUCGAAUUGUGAAAGUCUGGUGGUUUCACAGAACUUUGUUUUAUGUCAAGAUGGGCUGACACCAUGUCACCUGAUGCUGUCACUCUCUGAUCGCUUUCAAGAUAUGGGCCCGCUCUUCAAGGCAAAGCGACGAGAACACGGAGUUCAAGAUAUGGUCCACGCGGCGUAUAAUGGUUUGACAUGGAUGGAUAAGGCACUAAAGAGCAGUAUCAGCUUAUAAUGAUCAGAACGUCAUCAGCACACCUGGCGCCGCCGUCUGCAGCAGUCAGUGUUGCUGCGACGCUGCUGUUUAUACCGGUCAUAUUAACUUCCAUAACACUUUUUUGUUCAAGUACCCUAAAGAGCCCAGGAGGCAUAGGGGUGGGGGAUGUUACAAUUGGCCAGCGGGGAUAGUGACCUUCUGGCUUCACUGCAAUGAAUCGCUUCGUGAAGCCAACAACACGCCCCCUUCGAAUAGCCCUUCGGAGCCAGUAAGGCUAGACACGUUUGGCGGACAGGAUUGUUAGCUGGUUCGCUGUCACC